GUUGAGUGUCUCCCGGCAUAGUGAACAAACAGCAAGAAGGUGUCUCGAAGGAGGACGUGAUCCCACUAGCAUGUGGGGUGGAAAUGUGAACAGUGGGGAUGAAGAUCCUGCCUGAGGGAAUGCAACACGCCCCUGUUGUCCUUUGUCUUCUGGCAGCAGCCUGGCCAGCCGCCCUGUGCCAGAAUCCCGUCCCGAUCCAGUUCCAAACAUCUCCGGUGCCGGCGAGGACCGGGGCUGCGGCUGUGCUGGAGGUGAUCACUGUGUCAAGUGCCCUGUCGAUAACCUGGGCGUCACCGACCGGGAUCACGCUGGGACUGUGGGUGGGGGGACGGGCAGUGCUGAGCAACGUGAGCCAGUACGCGGGUCGGGUCACCAUCACAGCCACUCAGCUGCAGAUCAGCCCCGUCUUACUGAUGGACACCGGAAACUACACCGUCAUCGUGGAUCCCGGCAGCAUCGUCGGCAUGACGAGAAGCUCAAGCUCCGUCCUGCUACACGUGUUCGAUGCAGUUGCCGGGGUGAAGCUGUCCGUCCCCCCUGUUGCUCUCGAAGGUGGCAACAUCUCCCUCACCUGCACUAGGACGAUGGGAACGGAGACGAGCACGAUCUGGGAGAAGGGGGGGGCCGCAAUCUCUCCUGACUACCGGAUUACAGUUACGGACAAUUCUCUGGUUAUCAACCCGGGCAACAGAAGUGACGCAGGGGUCUAUAGCUGUACGGUCUACAACCUUGUCAGUGCUAUGACUACCACAGCCAGCCUCACUGUCUACUAUGGUCCAGACGCCCCAGUCCUGCAGCAGAAUUCGCAGGCUAACUGCGUAGGAGGGGGCCAGGCAGUGGUGGGGCAGACGGUGCAGCUCACCUGCACUUCCGUCUCGCUGCCCCCCGCCUUGUUCUCAUGGCAACAAAACGGCCAAUCCGUGGCGGCAGACCAGGUCAACGGCGGCGUGCUCACCCUCCAGGCUAUCACCACCAAUCAGAGCGGCCGAUACGUCUGCAUGGCCAGGAACGCAGUUACAACACAGACAGCGAAGCAGAGCAUUGACAUCACCAUCGUCAAAACAUGCCUCAGUGUCGGUGCCGUGGCUGGGAUUGUGGUGGCCUGUGUUCUGGCUAUCAUCUUCAUCAUCAUCGCCAUCAUCCUGCUGCUGUGCUGCAGACACAGAGACAAGCCAAACCCAAGCUCAGCACCUGUGACCGGUCCGCUUCAGCCUGCCCCACAGAGCUCGUUCCGGAACAGGGCGUCUGCCGGUUACUCAGAUCCCCCCUUGCACUCUCCCAACAUGCUUCCUGAUGCCCGUCAGCAGUACGCCCAUACAUCCCCGCCCCCCCAGCCAACCAACCCUGAUAUACGUGGGCUCCAAGGAAACCCUGCAGGCCCCGUCUCAAACCAUGGGCGCCCGGACGGGGGUGGGCUGCCACCCGGCGGGUCGUACGCCCCAGAGAGCCGGAACCGGACGCAGACCGGACAGGCCCCCCCGGGUUCAGUGCCCCCCCUGAUCCAUCUCACCUUGAACACGAUCCAGCCCACAGAGCACAUCAGGAGCGACGGCCAGCCGCAAGCCGUCCACCUGAACCUGAACGCCUACCCAUAUCCGGUCCAGCCGAACCCGCGGCAGAACAGCGACGAGAUACACUUAAACACGAAUGGUGCUAACAGACCACAGCAGGCUAACGGUCACACUGUGGAAAGCGGCCUGUCACAGACCCCUCCUGUACAGCGAGGUGGGGGGGCACAUGAUGCUCCUCUUAUCAGUACUAGUAAUGUGGAAAGCCAGGCCCACACCCGCGAUGCUGUCAUCCAGACGAGCCACACACAUGUCGUCAACUAUGGCCGGACUGAACAGCAGGACGCCAGGACACAGACCUACUGGUCUGAGGCUGUGCUCCCCGGUCACACCCAGCGGCCCUGGGACUGGCUGCGUAGGACCCCCGCUUAUCCAAAUCGCUCCGUGGCCAGUCAGAGUAGCUCCUCCAGCUGCACCCAGUCCAGCCCCGAGCCGAUUGCAGCUCAGCUAGGAAACGGCCCCCAAAACGACACCACCCCCGCUGCCCGAGGACCUCAGAGUCAAACGGCACCUCAGAGUCAUAGCCAGACCCAAGUUAGCGUCAACACCCAGACAAACAACCCAAAGCCACAGGAUUUCAAAAUGACAUGGGUUCCGACGCCCCUGAUCCAAGCAGCCCCGCAGAACCCAGUCACCCAAACACAGGCCGCGCAGCCAGUACAUACUGCUAAGUCCCGCGAUCCCUUCCAGACCCAAAACCAGCCGAAGCAACCUGUUCCGGCCCAGAAGACGCAACCAUCGGCCAAGCGGCCCCCCACGCCCCCGCCAGUGCUGCCGCUCUCCCAGUUCAAAGCUCUUCCUCGCCAGCACCUCCCAGAGAAACGCCCCAUCCAGCAGCUACGCCCCCAGCAUAAGCCACAACCCAAGAGGAGCAUAGGCAUCGUCCAGCCCAGCCCUCACUGGAAUGCUGUGCAUGGCCCCGCCCACAUGCAUGGCCCCGCCCACAUGCAUGGCCCCGCCCACAUGCAUGGCCCCGCCCACAUGCAUGGCCCCACCCACACACUCGGCCAGCCCCACUCUCACAUGCACGCUGGCCCGCAAAAACAGGUUUUUCGCAGCAGGAUGCGGUACUAGGCAAGCUGUCACGAGGCCCUGAGGUUGGCUGAUGGACUCACAUUUCCGUCAGCAGACGACGGCAUCGUUCAGACUGAUGUCUUCACCAUGGAACCAUGGACUGGCCCCAUGACACUGGCCCUUCAGACGUCAUGGAAACCCACGACAGCUGGGAAAGAAUCCAGCUGCUCGACCCUGACUCCUCCAGGCAAUCCCCAAGAGUGUCAGACCCGUAGAGGGACUCGAUUUCCGUGGCAACAGCGAUUCGGCAGAAUCUGCCGGUGGGUUCCCUCCGCUCAGUAUCUUCACGGGGAGCUGCUCGCCUGGCUGAAUGACGAGCACAGAUUAAUUAACUGGAUCCAUUUAACGAUUCAACAAAUCAUAUGAUUGUGAAGGCUGAAGGACAGUGUUUUGUGGACGAGCAGAGUGGUGACUGCUGCCUUUUACUGGCCUGUGUUUGACUGUGUGUAUAUUCAGGAGUAUUUAUAGGCUGUUUAUAACCUUGUGGCAUCACUAUCUCCCAUUAAUGUUUCCGUUGGGAUUUAUGCUCUAAGUCUGUGAAAUUGCUCAGGGAAAAAUACAUAUAUUUUCUCAUUCCUGGAUGUGAAGCUUGCUUUUUAUGCUGGGAAUAAAGGCAUAAAGCUA